CAAUGGAACAUGUAGCAAUUAAAGAAGAAAUAAUUGAAGAAACUGUGAAGGAACAUAAAGGAAAUCUUUGGAAUGAUCCGUUAUUCGAAAACCAAUAUGAACAUAUUAAACUUGAACAACAAUUAAAUACUGAAGAAAUUAUUAAAGAUGAAAUAUCUGACGAGAAUGUUUUAAAAUAUCAUACUAAAAAAAAUGAACAAAAAUGUUUGAAGUGUGAAUUUUGUGAUAAAACUUUUAAUCAAAGCCAUAAUUUAAAUCUACAUAGACGAACUCAUACAGGAGAAAAACCAUUUUCUUGUGAACUUUGUAAUAAAUCAUUUUCUCAAAAUAGCCAUUUAAUUAGACAUAAACAAACUCAUACAGGAGUAAAACCAUUUUCUUGUGAAAUUUGUAAUAAAUCAUUUACUUCGAACAGUCAUUUAAUUAGACAUAAAUUAACUCAUACAGGAGAAAAACCAUUUUCAUGUGAACUAUGUGAUAAAUCAUUUAUUCAGAAUAUCGAUUUAAUUCGGCAUAAAAGAAUUCAUACGGGAGAAAAACCUUUCUCAUGUGAAUUUUGUAAUAAAUCAUUUACUCUGAAUAAUGAUUUAGUUAGACAUAAACGAACUCAUACAGGAGAAAAACCAUUUUCUUGUGAAUUUUGUAAUAAAUCAUUCACCUCUGAUUCCAACUUAAUUAGUCACAAACGAUUGCAUACUGGAGAAAAACCAUUUUCAUGUGAAGUUUGUGAGAAAUCAUUUACACGGAAUACAAGUUUAAUUGCACAUAAUCGAAUUCAUACAGGAGAAAAACCAUAUUCUUGUGAAAUUUGUAAUAAAUCAUUUACUCAGAAUAGCCAUUUAAUUAGACAUAAACGAUUUCAUACGGGAGACAAACCUUUUUCUUGUGAGGUUUGUGAUAAAUCAUUUAUCCAGAACACCGAUUUAAUUAGGCAUAUAAGAAUUCAUACGGGAGAAAAGCCUUUCUCAUGUGAACUUUGUAAUAAAUCAUUUACUCUGAACAAUGAUUUAAUUAGGCAUAAAUUAACCCAUAUAGAAGAAAAACCAUUUUCUUGUGAACUCUGUAAUCAAUCAUUUAUUUCGAACACCCAUUUAAUUAGUCAUCAACGAUUUCAUACUGGAGAAAAAUCGUUUUCAUGUGAAUUAUGCGAUAAAUUAUUUCCUCAAGAAAUCUAUUUAAUUAGACAUAAACGAACUCACACGGGUGAAAAACCAUUUUCAUGUGAACUUUGUGAUAAAUCAUUUACUCGGAACGAAAAUUUAAUUAUGCAUAAACGGACUCAUACAGGUGAAAAACCAUUUUCUUGUGAUCUCUGUAAUAAAUCAUUUACUCGUAACACUGAUUUUAUUACACAUAGACGAACUCAUACAGGAGAAAAACCAUUUUCUUGUGACGUUUGUAAUAAAUCAUUUAAUCGGAGCAGCCAUUUAGUUAGACAUAAGCGAAGUCAUACAGGAGAAAAACCAUUUUCUUGUGAAAUUUGUAAUAAAUCAUUUACUUCGAACAGAAAUUUAAUUAGACAUAAACGAACGCAUACAGGAGAAAAACCUUUUACUUGUGAAGUCUGUGAUAAAUCAUUUAUUCAGAAUAUCGAUUUAAUUCGGCAUAAAAGAACUCAUACUGGAGAAAAGCCUUUUUCGUGUGGACUUUGUAAUAAAUCAUUUACUCGGAACACUCAUUUAAUUAGACAUAAACUAACUCAUAUUGAAGAAAAAACUGUUUUUAAACAUUUGCUCGAAUAAUGGUUGGGUUAGAUUAGAGUGGCUGUCCUGGGGUGACACUCAGACCAUAGAGUUCGUUAUGAUUCCAAAGAACAGGUUGGUCCAGCUCCGACCACUACUCCACGAACCACUUAGAGCUGUUUGGGAACAGCAGGAGCACUUUGACGUCAACGGACUUUAUAAUUAGAUAGAUCGUCAAAGAAAAGCUGGCUCAAGUAAAUCCAUCUCCUCAUGGCAAGAGCUUGGCAGUGAUAGAGAAGAUGAGAUAUCGUGUCAUCUUCGUCUUCACUGUGACAGCUUUUGCAAUGGUACAUUUAAUUAAACAUAAACGAAUUCAUACCGGAGAAAUAUGAAAUUAUAUUGGACACAAUAUUCUCAUCAGAGGCGGUUUUAGAAGAACCGUAAGUAUUUAAAGGGCGUAAUUAAGUUAGUUUUUGGUCAACUGUGAGAUUGAAUUUUAUUAUUUUUAUCUCGCUAUUAGAAAGAUGAAAUACUAAAUAUUUGAAAAUUAGAUGUUUAAUUUCAAUAAUUACUUCUGAAUAGAGCUAAAAAGAGCGCCAUAUCAGACGAGGUCUAGUGCAAU